AUGCUAUGGCACGAAAAGACUGACAUCAGGCUUUACGAAAAAAAGGCGCCUGGACCGUACAGAGUCAAAUUUUACAACUACAAGAUGUGUUCAGGGCCUCGAUCUAGAAACGUGACCAUUGCUACUUCAACACUCGACAUUGGUGAAUUCGGUGCUAUAGCGUCUUACAACUGCACUUUCACUGAACCUGCUAAAGUGGAAGAGUUCAAAACAAUUGUGUGGAAUGUGAAUGGAAAUCAGAAGAAUAUAUUAUGGAAUUACAAAGUGAACAAGCCGUGCCAACAUUUCAUGAUCAGCGGUAUAAUGAAACAAUACUACCCUAAUAUGCGUAACUGUGUCAUUCCACCGAUGAAAGUCGCUAUCCAUAGGCUGCAAAAUAACCACAAGAAGCUGGUAUGGGACUAUUCUAUAGAGAAACCUUGUCUAAACCGACUCGUGGCGGCAGCACUAAAAUCAUACGUGGACCUGCGCAGUUGUGUUCUUCGAAAGGUCGCCAAACGAGCAGACGGAUUACCUGAUGGUAAGCCAUCAGCGCUCCCCAUGGAUACCCGCAACGAAGGAGUUACGAGUGCCUUGCCGACCUUUGAGGGAUUAGGAAUUUGGAGAUUUAGGGAUUGA